AUCAACAAGAGUCUUCUAUGUCACUUCUCGGCCUACUUCAGAGCUUUGUUCUUGGGUGGAUUCGCCAAAAACACACAAGAAAACUUCAGCUUCAACCUUCAGCCCCUUGACGCACAAAUCUUUGAGAGAUGGCUGGGCUGCGGUAUUCUGCAUACUUGGAACGAUGGACAGCCCUGUUUUGGGACACUACUACGACUCUACGUCUUCGCCGAUUAUUACGACCUUCCAGCUCUCCGUCAUGCGAUCAUG